CUCUACUCUGCUGCUGCGCUGAAUGCUGCUCCCACCCUUGUGUGCGUGUGAUGGAUCGGGCAGAGAGAUUGACAGGCUAGCCAACAGAGCCAGCAACUGCAAGUGACUGCAACAUUUACUUGCUCCGGAGUGUUUCCCAGGAGGCCAUCGGACUCUGCGUAAUCCUUAUCGCAGCGUCGACUUCGACUCCACGGAGAUCCAGAACACGGCCAUCCAGGACCUGAUCUGCGACCACUCGCUGUCGCCCGGCUGGUACAGAUUCAGGAUCAACAACAAGCCGGCGGAGAUGCCGACCACCUGCGUUGAGAUGAACCGUUGCGGUACCCAGGCUCCGGUGUGGCUGUCGCUGAAGGACACCUCCCUGCCGCGGCCAGGCGAGGUCCGCCAGCUCUCUGCCUGCGCCACCUGGCAGUUUUUCCAGGGCAGCGCCAAAGACUGCUGCCUCUUCCGCAUCCCCAUCAGCGUAAGGAACUGUGGCGAGUUCCUGGUCUACUACCUGCAGCCAACGCAGGGGUGCAUGGGAUACUGCGCGAAAGUUGCUCCAGAUUUGGGAGCCAGACUCUGCCCACCAGGGGAGGUGGAGGUGAACGGUCGAUGCAAAGCUGCCGUCCCGUCGCUGCCCUCCCGGCCGGUCAUCACUCCAGAGCUCAUCGGCCACAGCGUCCACCUGAGGUGCUCCUUCAUCCCGCCGCCGUGGAGCCAGACGCUGGGCUUCCAGGUGGUUUGGGCCAGACAUAUCGGCCACAGCAUGAAGGCCGAGAUCAGGCAGGAAUCCACGCUGAAGCCCUUCUCCCUGGUGGAGAUGGACGGCGUCCACUUCAGGCUCGGAGAGACGUUCUCCUGCAGCGUGUCGACUUUCAGGGCCAACUACAGCCACGCCAGAUCUCCUCCAAAGGAAAGCGAGAGUUUCUACGCCGGCCUGAAGUUUUCUCCGGAUUCACUCCACAUCGCAGAGAACAGCAAGGAGCAUGAGGUGACCGUCCACAGCACCGUGCCCAUCCCCUGCUUCGGCCACGACCACCAGUGUGGAGUCCCUCUGGCUCUGAGUGUCCACGAUCCAGACAGUCUGGAACACGAGGUCUCAAAUGUGGCGCUGUCGGCCUGCCAGGUGGAGCUGCAGCCCAACGCCUGCAGCGACGGCAGCUGUGGUCGGGCCAAGUUCUUGGUCACCGCUGUGACAGAUUUCACACGUGACGGAAACCGACCGAGUCUGAUCGGCGCUUCACCCGGACACGGUGCACCGAGGCUGUGGAGGAGCUACAUCCCAACAUCGCUAAAAGUCGUCGUCCAGGACGUUCCCACUUCCAUCUGCUACUCUUUGACCGACCCACAUGUCAUUACGCUGGACGGCAGGCGCUAUGAGAACCAUCAGACGGGCACCUUCGUCCUCUACCGGAGUCUUUCCAGGCAGUUCGAGGUCCAUUCUCGGCAGUGGGACUGCGGCAGCCGGCACUACUCUGUCGCCUGCAACUGUGGCGUCGCAGUGCGAGAGGGGAACGAUGUCGCAGUAUUUGAUAUGUGCAACGGCCAACCUCAAGAAACCAGGCCUCAGCUGACCCUGAAGACCCUGGGAGAAAGCGAGGGCAGUCGGGUCAGAGUGCUGGAGUCCCACCAGGGGAAGAAGGUCACCUUGAUGUUUCCCUCUGGGGCCUUUGUUCGGGCCGAUGUUGGCGACUGGGGAAUGAGCCUGUCCGUCCGAGCGCCCAGCGUUGACUACGGCAACACUCGAGGCCUUUGUGGGACCUUUGACCGUAACGGCAACAAUGACUUCCACAGGUCUGACGGCGGCUCCUACGGCCCUGAUGACCUGCAUCGCUUCAUAGAGGACUGUAGGAUAGCAGCAGGUGAAAGUCUAUUCGACAAAAUGCCUCCUGGGUCGACGCAGGACGUCAGGAAACCUUUCUGUCAGUGCCAAAAAGAGUACAGGACUUCUCAACAUGUUGGCAGAGGAAUUACAAACUCGUACAAUCCUUCCGCUCACUCCGACUGCAUAGCGUACGAUAAUGUGGAUUACACAUCUGUCUUCCCUUCUAUGGACACAACAGUGGAAUACAUCAAGAGCCGGGAAAAAGAGGAAAGCAUCCUGGAAAUGUCCGUCUUCAGCGCUCAUCCUCUGGAGAGGAGGCACCUUUGGUUUCAUACUGAGAACAGUCAAAGCAGCGACGGUGAUCUUGCACUGGACGGUGAGUUCAGAGAGGAUCUCCUGCUCUCCGUUGACCGGGUGAAGAGGCAGGCGUCACUUGAGUUCCAGCCCGUCUUCACAGCGCAGAGUCUCAGCCAGGUCGAUCUGGAGAGUCUUGCCUACUUUUUCCCUGAGGAUCACUUGGCGGAGGCUCGACCGGAGGUGCAACCUCAGUGGCCCACGCCGAGCGGCCUGACCUCGGCCAAAGCACUAGAAGUAUGUCAGCUCGCUCUGUCCAACUCCACUGUUGGCGCAGUGUGCCGGGGGCUGCUGGGACGCCGGCUGGACGAGGCGGUGGAUCUCUGCAUCCUGGACCUGCAGCUCAAAGACGACCUGGGCUGGGAGGAGGCGCUGCUGCCGUACCUGGAGAACGAGUGCGAGAGGAGGCUCCUGGAGAACCGGACCCAGAGAGCCUUGGAGGUGGUAAAUCCACCGGGAGCGUCUGGGGAAGUGAUGAUGGUGCUGCGCUGCCCCAACUUUUGCAAUGGAAACGGAGAGUGCACAGAGUGGGGCUGCCAGUGUUAUCCCAGCCACAGCUUCCACGACUGCAGCCUGGCUAUUAGCCAGCCAGUUGAGAUAACCGAUUUGGAGAACAGUGGACUCUGUGACAUCCGAGCCGUCGACUGUCGUAGCGUUCGAGUCUUCGGCUUUGGCUUCAUCGACUCCCCGGACUUGAGCUGCCACGCCACCAGAUUGAAGUACAUGAAUAAAGUUUGGGUCCCGGGGGAAAAGCAGAGGACCAAAGCCACCUUCCUAAGCUCCAAGGCUUUAGACUGUGCUGUACCAUCUCUGAGCAACACCGCCGUCAAUACAGAAGACUUCAUGAUGGACGACAAACCUUAUGCACGCUGGGAGAUUAAGGUGACCAAUGAUGGCUCCCAAUACAGCCAGGCAAAGGUGUUGACGAUCUACGAUGGCAUCUGCCAGGUCUGCGAGGCAUCGCGCUCAGGACUCUGUAAGUUAAAGGAGCGGACGUGUAACAUCGACGGGAUGUGUUUUGCAGCAGGAGGCUCCAAUCCCAGCAGCCCUUGCCUCCUGUGUGAUCCCCAAACUUCCAAAUUCACCUGGUCUGUCAACCAAGUCAACGAGCCGCCGGCCUUCCACCAGCCUCAAGGCGACUUGCGGACAUUUGCCGGGGAGAAUUUCGUCUUCCAGUUUGCGGCGUCAGACCCCGAGGGCUCGGCGCUGCUCUUCCAGCUAGAGGAGGGACCGGAGGGCGCCGUGUUGUCCCCCGCCGGCCUCCUCAUCUGGAGGGUCCCAACGCCUGCAGAGGUGGAGGGCCGUCACGCGAGGCAUUCCUUCCGCUUCACGCUGUCCGACGAGUGCAACGCCCAGAGCUCCUUCACUGUGGAGAUUGACGUGGUGCCGUGUGGAUGUCGGAACAGAGGAACCUGCGUGACGGACGUCAACUUUCCCGCCGGCAGUGGGAGAUACCUGUGCGUCUGUCCUGAGGGUAAACGGGGCGAACUCUGCGACGAGGACGUGGACGGAUGCCUGUCGGCUCCGUGUACGGUCGGAAAGUGCAUCAACACGGCCAGUGGGUACAGAUGCGAGUGUCCUGCAGGGUUGAGAGGUUUAACAUGCCUGGAAGAUAUCAAUGAGUGCGAAAGGAAGCCCUGCUUUCCAGGAGUCCAGUGCUUCAACAGCUUCGGCUCCUACGGCUGUGGACCGUGCCCCAAAGGCAUGCUGGGAAACGGGACGACUUGCGCUGUCCACCGAUCAGCCACCAUCACUUCCACAUCUGCUCCUCAUCAUACAACUGUCUACAAGACACCAGAUGUUCUGCAACCACCCAAAAUAAAGACAGACACUUUCCGGAAGACCACAAGCAGUAGCUCCCUGUAUAUGAGGACUGAGGCAGGGAAGGCAGUCCCAAGAAUUGACCCACAGAGUAAGACGACCAAUUGGAGAAAAACUCUAGGAGUUAUCUCCAACCCACAGCUCGCAACAGCAGAAACCAGCAAGAGCAACACAGUAAAAACGCCGACUGUGUCCCAAACAAAGACCGAUCUCAGUCAAAACCCAUCCAGGACGAAAACAGACACCUUCACGAACAUCUCGAACAUUGUGCCGGACCAAGUGAAGCCAGACCAGUCAAAACUGAGCAACACUAUUGGCAAGAUUUCUACUGGAAGUGGACCAUCUGAAAAUGGCAGAUCAGCUGCAGGAUCUUUGGCCCUCAACGUAUCGGCUACAUGCGCCAGCAGGCCCUGCUUCCCCGGAGUUCAAUGCAUCAACCGCAGACCUCCGCAUGUCGGUUAUGUCUGUGGACGCUGCCCACCCGGACUUUACGGCAACGGUCGUAUCUGCAUGAAGAACUCCAAGGAAGCAUCCAAUCAUCUCCCCCAGCAGCAGACACUAGGCAAGCCUAGCCAAUCUCCGCACACAAGCAGCAGUAAAAUCUCCCAGCUCCACCUGCCCAGCCUGCCCACCAGGCACGGCAUCAAGCAUCUGUCGUCAUCCGUCACCAGAACGAACCGAGACAACGCACCACGACAAACUCCUGAAUUGGGGAGGGGAGGCGGGACGGGCAGGAGGGAGGCGGUAACUUUUGCUUCCAGAGAUGCUCCAAGGACAUCAGUCGGCGCCCAUCAUGUCACUGCAAAUACUCACAUUACCCAACAAAGGACGUACACCAGAACUAUCAUCAGUGCUUCGAGGGAGAUUGUGGUGCCUCAUGUGACCGUCACCAAGAAGUCUGAAGGAACCACGACUUUAAGGGUAACUCCACCUGCUCCUCAACUCUCCUCUCAGUCUGUUGGAGUAACGCCGUCCAAACAGAACACCCAGCCCCUGCUCAAGCCCUGGACCCCUCUGAGACCUGCCCUCCCACUUACAGCCGCCCUCACCGCUCUGUCCUACUCGUUGUCCGAGUCCGAGUUCUCUGCAGACGGAGACGAAGCCGAGCCUGGAUCAGAGGCGUUGCAGAUGGUGCCAGUGGUGACCCUCACGAUGCCGGGUAAAACCGUCUACAGCUCCCCGGGACAAAGAGCCACCUCCACCCAGGCGUUGGUCAAGAGUGGAACAACAGCUAACAAACAUGUCCCAACCUGUGCUGAGCGGCCGUGUUUUCCUGGUGUCCAGUGUGAGCCGGCCGUGGAUGGUAGCUUCCGCUGUGGAAGGUGUCCAGUAGGAUACACUGGGGAUGGACGAGUCUGUCAGGCUGUUUGCAGGCAUCCAUGUGGUAGAAACAUGGAGUGUGCUGCACCCAACACAUGCCGCUGCAAACCAGGCUACACGGGAUCCAACUGUCAGACAGCAAUCUGUAAUCCGGAGUGCAUGAACGGAGGGGUUUGCGUUGCUCCUGAGGUGUGUCAGUGUCCCAGAGGUUUCCAUGGAGAGACUUGUCAGGAGGCUCUGUGCAGGUUACCGUGUGAAAAUGGAGGCACCUGUGUGGGACUGCUCACUUGUUCUUGUCCUUAUGGGUUUGUUGGACCUCGAUGUGAGACUAUGGUAUGUAGUCGUCAUUGUCACAAUGGAGGCCAGUGUGUUUCUCCAGACAGGUGUAUGUGUCCACCAGGCUGGACUGGACCAUCCUGUGAUACUGCUCUUUGCUCUCCCGUUUGUCUGAAUGGAGGUUCGUGUGUUCGGCCGAAUACCUGCGACUGUCCUCACGGUUUCUACGGAGCACAGUGUCAGAACGCCGUCUGCAGUCCUCCCUGUAAAAAUGGUGGUCUAUGCAUGAGGAACAACGUCUGCUCCUGUCUGCAGGGAUACACUGGGAGGCGCUGUGAGAAAAGUGUGUGCGAGCCGAUGUGUAUGAACGGCGGCAGGUGUGUCGGUCCAGACGUCUGCGAUUGUCCGUCUGGUUGGCGAGGGACGAGAUGCAACAAACCCAGCUGUCUCCAGAAGUGUCUGAAUGGAGGAGAGUGUGUCGGUCCAAACACCUGCCACUGUGCUCCAGGAUGGCAGGGCAUGCUGUGUCAGAUACCUCUCUGUGAACAGAAAUGUCUGUACGGCAGUCGAUGCGUCCGACCAAACAUCUGUGCCUGCCGUAGUGGAUACUCAGGGUCUCUUUGCUCCAAGAGGCUUCCUAUCACACGAGGUUGACAUCAACAAACCACUGAACAUGUGGAGUUGAGUCGGCAUCAACAAAACAAACCUUCAGAUGAUCCAGACCGUCAUCAAAAGAACCACUCAUUUUUGAAAGUCAUUUUCAGCACAUCCAAAACUCCAAAACAGGGGGAAAGUUACCAUCAAUCAAAACGCCAAAAUACUGUAAAUUGAAGAAUCAGGCAGCUUUGAAGCUGAUAGAAACCAGUUUCAUUAUAAAAAGCAUUUCCUCCAAACACAUCAUGAAUCAUCAUUAUUUUUGAUAUUCCACUCAUUGGUCAGACUGCAGUGAGGCUCAUUUUCUCCUCAUUUCUAUUUCACUGUAAGUUCUCCAUGUUUUUCCACCAUAAAUCCAAACCUCUGUAUGAGUAUUUAUUUAUUUGGUUGUUUUAUAUUGUUGUGUACGUCUUGUUGUAUAUAUCUUAAUCACUGUAUAAUCGAUAUUAUUUCUUUAGUAAAACAUUGUUUAUUGGUUGUUUUGUAAGAAAAUAAAGGUCCUUAAGGGGUA